AUCUCCAUCCCGCCUCCUUACGCUCUUUCCUGUCCUUCUUACCACACACACCACCACCCACAACUCUAUAUCUGCAGUCACUCGUUAACCCCUCCUUGUGAAUCAUAUCUUCCGACAGCCUCUUUUUGUCCUCCUGCUGUCUCCCCCGAUUCUCAACCCUCCAAACGAUCGUUUCUCACCAUCUGGGCACCCCCGUGUCGCGUUGGAAUUGUAAUCUCGCCUCCCCGGUGUCGGUUCUCUCCACUGCCCUCCUGCCUCAUCCGUGUUGGCUCUGGAAGCCUCGAAAGAACGCCUUGAAUACCCCGAGUUCCGACUUAUCGAUCUCAUCCGACGUGCCCAUCAUGCGAGCCGCUCGUCUUUCGUUCCUCCUCUACUCCCUGUCCCUCGUGGCUGUCGUCGCUGGCCAGAGCGCUGCAGUCACGAGUGUAGGCAACGCCGUCACCUCUGCCGCUGCCGCCGCUACCACAGAGGCCCCUUCUACCACAUCUAGUGAAUCAUCCUCGACGUCUGAGUCCUCUACCUCGACUUCGGAGAGCUCUUCGACCACCAGUGAACCUACAACUACGUCGUCUACUUCGGAAGAGACCACUUCCACGACCAACAAGCAACCCCAACAAACCACCCAGCCGCAACAGACAACAUCAUCCAACAACAACAACAAUGCGCAGACAACUGCAGUCACUACAACGGACAAGAACGGCAAGACCACCGUCGAAAGCACUACCCAGCAGACCACCGCAACCCCGGUUGUGCAGACGGUCACGACUAUCGAGACCAUCAGUGGAACCCCCGUCCAAACCACUCUCACCACUACUUCGACUCCUGCCAGUGCUGACUCCACGGGCAGUCCUGGUCUGAGCGGCACUUCGUCUGAUAACUCUAACAGCAGCUCUGGUCUCUCGUCCUCUCAGAAGAAGAUCAUCAUCGGUGUCGUCGUCGGUGUGGGUGGUGCAAUCAUCGUCGGUGCCCUUGCCGUUGUUGGCUGGAGGAUCCACGCUCGCAAGGCUGCGCAAGACAACGACGAGGCUGCUGAUCUCAUGAGCGGCACGGCAGUCGGUGCGGGUGCUCGCGAGAAGGCACCCAGCCCCGGUGCUGGUGGCACGCCCUUCAAGACCACGCUUGACCAGUAUCACAACCCUGGACCCGUCAACGCUGCAUCAAACUUCUAAGCCAACCCGGCAUCCUGUCUAUGAUACGAACACACCACCCUUUUCCUAUGUUUAUCCUGCGGUAACGAACAGGGAAGACAUAUGGUCUGGUCUGAUACCGUUCUUGAGACUGUAAAUUUGUACGAUUAUGACGCAGUUAUUGUUGGCGCUUGUGGAGAGGAAAUCCUCUGAUUUGUUGUUUUCUCACUGCUAUCUUGGGUUGUUUGCUUUGCAUUCAAGAAGCUACCGCUCUUUUCUCGCUCUGAUAGACCAUACGUCGGGUCUUUACCGAUAUCACGCUCCUUUUACUUAGCACAGCGAUUUUGUCCUAGCAUUUAUGGUUGGUCGAUUUAGUUUGAUUCCCCCCUCGAGCAUUUGUUUUCUUUUCUGGCGGAGCGGUGAGCGGCAAAGUGUCCCGUCUCUGUCUCUGCUGUGGAUUGCAGAUCCCCGAUCUCAGCCUUCAAAAAGCUUUCGAUUGUAUGUAUUUAAUAAAAAAGAUGACUUGAGAAGGA